GCCCUGGGUCCUCAGAGGACCGUCAGCGAGCUCAUCCCUUACGUCGUGCAGGUCGUUCAGGAGGAGCCUCUCUGCAAUGAUGACGAGUUCCUGUACUCCAUGGCGAGGCAGUAUGCAGUUCUCUCGGACUACAUCAAUGGGAAUGAUGAGAUGCUCAUUGCACCCUUGGAGCACUUGGCAGCGCAAGAGGAAACUGUGAUCAGAGAUCAGGCCAUUCAAUCCCUCUGCAAGGUCAUUGAGAAAAGGCCGGCCCUGGCUCCUGACUACUUGGUGCCGGCGCUCCACCGCUUGGCCACCAAGACCGACUUCUUCACCGCGCGCGUCUCCGCCUGCGCUUUGCUGCCCUUGGCAUAUCGCCAUGUCAAAGAAGACCAGAAGGCAGGUCUGCGAAAGGCCUUCACCAUGCUCUGUGCCGAUGAGACGCCCAUGGUGCGUCGGGCAGCCGCUCACAAGAUGCGCGACUUCGUCUCGGUCUGCGCCAAGCAGGCGACCGGCACGACCGAACAGGUGAAGGACCUGUUGACGGAUCUCAUUGGAGUCUACAAGCAGCUGUCGCAGGAAGACACUCAGGACACGAUCCGCGUGGCCUGUGUCCAUGCGACCUUGGUGAUUGCCAAGAUGCUCAAUGCAGAUGAGAACCGACAGCACACGGUCACCGUGAUCAAGGAGGCCGCCGAGGAUCGAUCCUGGCGCGUCAGGCUGACCGUGGCGAAGAACUUCGAUCAGCUGUGCCAGGCCUUUGGUCCGGAGCUUACGGCUCAGAAGCUGAUGCAGCCCUUCAUCCAGCUGAUGAAGGACAAUGAGCAGGAAGUGAGAAAGGAGGCCGUGCGUGUCAUUGAGGCAUGCUUGAACCUGCCGGGAAGCCCAGCCUCGGAGCCUCAGAGGCACAUGCCCAGGAUUGACGUGCAAUGCUUUUUGUGCAGUGUUUUUGCCCUGACUUUAAGUCUUCGAGCUUUACCUCAGAUCCAUCGUGUCACAGCGACACAACGCCAAGCAUUGCCAGUCUUGGGGACUGUUGUUGGUGGAAAAGCAGCCUUGGCCGUUGGUGUCGGCUUGGGCUCAUCCUUCUUGAGCGGAUUCGCUUUGCUGUGGGCCUUGGUGCGAAAGAGACCCAAGUCGACGCCACCUCAGGGUCCUCCGCUUCUUCGCCCCGGCAAAAAGCCGAAGAUGCUGGCGCCAGCGGCCACGAAGACGCUGAAGGUUGUCCUGCUCGGCAAGACCGGCCACGGCAAAUCCACGGUGGGGAACAAACUGCUGGGGCAAAGCGCGUUCAAAACGAGCUACAGUUUCUCCAGUGAGACGAAAGGCAUCCAGAGUGACAGCUCUCGACACCUUUGCCCUCAAGACUAUAUGCCCUACAAUCUUCAGGUGUAUGACACUCAAGGCUUUAUGGACACAAACAUGAAGCUAAUGGUCAAUAUGACAAGCAAUUCGACGUGA